GGACCUUGGCUCGUCCCACGGAGGGCGUGACCCUUAGGGAAGUGAAGUAGGAAACCCCGUGCGCCCCUGAACUGGGAAGUCGUCACAAGAGUUUUUGUUAUGAGAUGUUUGGGUUUCGUUGCUUUUGGUAGUGGCAUCUUUCCGGAUCAGGAGGCCAGCUUUCUUAUUAGCAAGAAGGCUCACUUUGUGCUCAACAUUGCUUGAAUAACCUGUUACAAGGAGAAUACUUCAGCCCUGUGGAAUUAUCUUCAAUUGCACACCAGCUAGAUGAGGAAGAGAGGAUGAGAAUGGCAGAAGGAGGAGUUACUAGUGAAGACUAUCGCACAUUUUUGCAGCAGCCUUCUGGAAAUAUGGAUGACAGUGGCUUUUUCUCUAUUCAAGGAUGGAACCCUCAUCCCCUGCAGUGGAAGCGUGGAUUCUUAACCACUGGACCACCAGGGAAGUCCCUGCAGCUCUGCUCUUGGUGCCAGUUCACGUUUGCCCACCUCAUAGCAUUCACUUUUUGUCUGUAUUCAUGCCUGGUUCACUUGCUGCUUCGUUGGCUACCUUGGAGGGUUAUAAGCAAUGCCUUGAAAGUUUGGGGUUUAGAACUAAUCCUGUUUAACAGUCCAGAGUAUCAGAGGCUCAGGAUCGACCCCAUAAAUGAAAGAUCAUUUAUAUGCAAUUAUAAAGAGCACUGGUUUACAGUUAGAAAAUUAGGAAAACAGUGGUUCAACUUGAAUUCUCUCUUGACGGGUCCAGAAUUAAUAUCGGACACAUACCUUGCACUUUUCUUGGCUCAGUUACAACAGGAAGGUUAUUCUAUAUUUGUUGUUAAGGGUGACCUGCCAGACUGUGAAGCUGACCAGCUCCUACAGAUGGUCAGGGUCCAACAGACGCAUCGACCAAAACUUAUUGGAGAAGAAUUAGCACAACUCAAAGAACAGAGAGUCCAGAAAACAGAUCUAGAACGCGUCUUAGAAGCAAAUGAUGGAUCAGGAAUGUUAGACGCAGAUGAGGAGGAUCUGCAGAGAGCUCUGGCGCUAAGUCGCCAAGAAAUUGACUUGGAAGAUGAAGAAGCAGAUCUCCGCAGGGCCAUUCAGCUCAGCAUGCAAGGUACUUCCAGAAAUAUAUGUCAAGAUAGUCCACAGACGUCAGGUACACAUCUUACUUCAGAAGAGCUACGGAAGAGAAGAGAAGCCUACUUUGAAAAGCAGCAGCAGCAGCAGCAGCAAGAUCCACCAGGACAUCCAUGUGAAAAGCCGAACACAAGUUCAGGAGCACUUGACAGUGAUCUAGGACCUCACCUCAAGUUUCCUGACCACACUUCCAGAAAUCCAAGGCACAGAGUGUCUAGAUCAGGGGUCCCCAACCCCCAAGCCACGGACCCGAAGCGGUCUGUGGCCUGUUAGGAACCAGGCCGCACAGCAGGAGGUGAGCGGCCGGCGAGUUAGCGAAGCUUCAUCUGUAUUUACAGCCGCUCCCCAUUGCUCAAAUUACUCCCUGAGCUCGACCUCCCGUCAACAUUAUGGUGAACUGUAUGAUUAUUUCGUUAUAUAUUACAAUGUAACUAAUAAUAAUAGAAAUAAAGUGCACAAUAAAUGUAAUGCACUUGAAUCAUCCUGAAACCACCACCCACCCCCUUCCGUGGAAAAACUGUCUUCCACAAAACCGGUCCCUGGUGCCAAAAAGGUUGGGGACUGCUGGUCUACAUGGUCUAGCUCUGAAAUGGAGCAGGACCCUAUGGUCCUCACCCCCCAUGUCCUCUGCCUGCCUUUGUCUGUGGAAAAACUUCAGCCAAAGAAUAAGUUUAAUCAGAGAAGUGAGAAAAUGCAGAAGCAAAGGAAAGUAGUCCAACAAGACCAAAUCAUAAAAGUUUAGUCAAUAAGCAUAGCUAAGGACCUUUAGUUCCUUCUCAAGGGCUAUAGAUAAUAUUCUGAGCCAUAUCCUGUGAGCUGUCUUGUAGAUACCUUCUGUGUAUCUACAGAUAAAACGCCCACCAGGUGGAAAAAGUUAACUACAUGAUGACCAGACUGUAGCCAUGACAUAACCUGCCAUUCCGAGAACUGGCCUCAAGAAAAUGGAAACAAACCGACCCUGGAACUGAAGAUUGACUGUACUUAAAACAAUGAAGACGAUGCUGGUCAGACCACCAAUGACCAAUUUCAAGAUCACCGUCAACAGCUGACUCUGCUGUUUCUGCAUGCGGCCCCCUCCCCUCCAUCUAUAAAAGCUCUUGUCCACUGGAUGGGGGCGGGGGGUCGGCCUUCAGACAGGAGCACCCCCCACCCUGCCCCCCCACCGCCCCCGUUGCCGGCAUCCAAAAUAAAGCAAACUUUCCU